CCCGCCCCGCGCCGCCGCCGCCGCCGCCCGCGGGCCGGCCGGCCGCCCGCCUCGCCAUGUCCAAGAUGCCGGCCAAGAAGAAGAGCUGCUUCCAGAUCACCAGCGUGACCACGGCCCAGGUGGCCACGAGCAUCACCGAGGACACCGAGAGCCUGGACGACCCGGACGAGUCGCGCACCGAGGACGUCUCGUCCGAGAUCUUCGACGUGUCCCGGGCCACGGAUUUCGGCCCCGAGGAGGCGUGCGAGCGCAGCUCGUCCGAGGAGACGCUCAACAACGUGGGCGACGCCGAGACGCCGGGCGCCGUGUCCCCGAACCUGCCCCCGGACGGGCCGCUGGCGCCCGCCAAGCCCGCCCAGCCCGCGCCCGCGCCCGCGCCGUCCCCCGCCGCCGCCGCCGCCGCCGCCGCGGCGGCCGCCGCGUGCAGCUCGCGCUUCCGCGUCAUCAAGCUGGACCACGGCAGCGGCGAGCCCUUCCGCCGGGGCCGGUGGACGUGCGUGGAGUACUACGAGCGCGACGCCGACGGCAGCGUGCUCGCGCGCUCCGGGGACUGCAUCCGGCACGGCGGGGCCCCGGAGCCCGCCGCCGAGCGGGACAGCGGCCUGGGCGCCACCGGGGGCUCGGCGACGGUCGUGCUGGCCUCGCUGCCCGCGCCCGAGCCGGGCCCCGACGCCGGCCCGCCGCCGCCGCCGCCCUUCCCCGGAGCCGCGCCCCCGGGGAGCGCGGCCCCCGCGGGGCCCGGCGGCGCGGGGCUGCCGCUGGCGACCGUCGCCCGGGCGCAGCCCGGCGCCCCGGCGACGGCCCCGCCGCCCCCGCCCUUCGCCUACCCCGGGCCGCCCGCCGGGGCGCCCGGCGAGUUCCUGCCGCCGCCCGAGCGCGUCCUCGUCCUGCCCGGCGGCGACCCCGCGGGGCCGCCGGGCCUGCCGCCCCCUCCCGUGCCUGCGCCGCCCCCCGCCGCGCCGCCCGGGGUCGCCAACGUGCCUGCGGCCGCGCCCGCGCCCAGCGUGCCUAGCGCCCCCGCCGCGCCCCUCGCUAUGCCAAAUGCCCCCGGCGGCGGCGCCGUCCAGCACGCGGGGCUGCCCCUGGCGCCCGGCGCCCCCGCCGGCCUCCCGCCGCCCGACCCGAGCCAGCUGCAGGCCCCGGCCCCGGCCCCGCCGCCGGCCGGGCCCGGCCCCGCCGCCGAGACGCGCAGGAAGUCCGAGCCCCUACCUCAGCCGCCGCCCGCCCUCCUCGCGGACAGCAAGCCUGCCGCGAAGCCGGGGGCCGACGCCCCGGCCACCCCCCUGCAGCUGACGCCCAUGACCAGCCUGGCCACCUCCGUGUUCAGCAUCGCCAUCCCCGUCGACGGCGACGAGGACAGGAAUCCUUCAACUGCUUUCUACCAAGCGUUCCAUUUGAACACGUUUCAGGAAUCAAAGAACCUCUGGGAUAGUGCAUCUGGGGGAGGUGGUGUAGCCAUUGACAACAAAAUAGAACAAGCAAUGGAUCUGGUGAAAAGCCAUUUGAUGUAUGCAGUAAGAGAAGAAGUGGAGGUUCUAAAGGAACAAAUAAAAGAAUUAGUGGAAAGAAACUCUUUACUUGAACGAGAAAACGCACUGUUGAAAUCUCUGUCCAGCAACGAUCAGCUCUCCCAGCUCCCCGCGCCCCAGGCCAACCCCGGCAGCACCUCCCAGCGGCCCGCAGUGCCGGCCCAGCCCCCGCCCGCGCAGCCCCCGCAGCAGCCGAAUGUCUCCUCAGCCUGACGCCCGCCUGCCUCGCAGGGAGCGGACUGAACGCCCCUCUCCUCGCGUGCCACCGUGUUCUCUCCUCGUCCACGAAAGCAAGUAGCCAUGCUUCGGUCGUGUGUUUGGCCUUUUCAGUAUUAGACAAUCAUUCUCCCAGAGCUCCGCAGCUGCCCCGGGCCCCAGAGGGUCCCGUUCUGGGACCGCCGCGACGCAGGAGGCCGAUGGAGCGGGUGGAUUCCAGCGAGCAGGGGCUGCGUCCCCGGGCGGGCGCGGGCGUGGGGCCUCUCCGGAGCUGGCGGCUCCCCGAGCGUCCUGGGCCCGUGGGUUCCCUGAGCCCGCCGCUCCCGUUAUCAGUAACAGUUCACCUACAGAGCCACUUUCUUUCAAUACCAGUAACAUUUGCCUACAUACGUUUUCAUUUAUUUGUGUUUUAUUUAUUACAGGGCUGCUAUUUUCAUAAUGUACAUGAACAAUGUCACAGAACUUUUUUAAUUGUUUUGAAUAAUUAUAUCAGUCAAGGAAUUGAAAGGCAGGAUUGUAUUUACUAGAUUCAACGUUUAGGCAAUAAUUGAACAAAAGAAAUCCUGGCCUAUUUCUAACACUAACGGCAAUUUCCCUUCGGUAUUUAUUUUCAGUAGUCAGGACCCAGCUUGAAUGUAAAUUUUGUAUAGUGUAAGUAUGAAGAACUUAGUGCAACUGUACAGGUAGUCCCCAGUUAUUGUGAUAUAAUAAAUAAUUGGGCUAUUUUGAUGAAGAAAACUUUGUUCAUUUGUUUCUACUUUCUGAUAGAGAAAUUGCCACGAUUCCUCUGCUUUUUGACAUUUCGUAUGACUUUUUUUUUUCGGGUGGAAAUAAAAAGCUGUGAAAUUGUUCAACCUACUUUGUAACCAAAGAAGCAAAGCUGUGUAAUGGAGGUUUUUUUUUUCUGUUUGUUUGGGGUUUUUUUUUCUUUUUUUCUUUUUUUAUAUAUAUAUAUAAUGCACAUUCUUUAUGUAUUUUUAUUUAGUGUUUUCUUGGUCACAAUUUUCUUUGCUGUCUAGCAUGAUCUGCAUGACCUAUACUCUUUGAACCACUUUCGUACCUCAUGUUUUUAUCCAGCACUCUUAUUGUAAUAUGUACUAGUCUGUGAACAAUGUCAAAUAAAGAAGAACGAACAGGUAGUACGGUGGGGCUGAGCUAGUGUGUACUCUGCACUAGCUGUUUAAAAAAAAAAAUGAAGUGAGCCAUCUUUUGUUCAUUUAAAAUGGUGUUUUGAAUUUCGUAUGCAGAAAACGUUUUGUUACAUUGCAGAUUUUAAUGUAUUUAAUAAAUGCAACAUGCAGAUUAAGUGCAGUGUAUACUGAGUAUUUAAAUUAAAAUGUACAUUUCAGAAAUACAGUUUCAGAAGAAAGCAUCAUUUUGUGUAUACUAACACAUUAAGUGUAUGUCAGAAAUUGAUGUAUAAAUAUAUAUUUUAACACAUUUUCUGAAAUUAAACUGCAGUUUUGUUGAAAUGUUUGGCUCUACAUGUGUUCAAAAUUUGAUUUGAUUAGAUUUGUAUUUCCACAAUUCAAAACAUUCCUAAGAUGAAAACCUAUGUUAUUAAUGACUUCUAGUUAUUAAAAUUUUCAAAGUAAAAUUUAAAGAAUGCAGAAAUGCUCAGCAAUAUUUGUACUCAAUAUUCGUAGUGUGUCAGUGAUAUUUUCGUAGGAAAUCCUUGUCUACCCAAAGUUUUACUUGAAUUCCAAGUGGUGCCUGGAGAAUGCCGGCUCUUGCUCCAGCAAAUCAGGAGGCUUUGGAGCCCGUCAGCUCUCCAGUAAAAGGAUAAAUGAGUGUUCUUUAAAAUCAAGUUUAAUCAGAUCAGUCACAACUAAAGGCAAAUUCAGGGUGUAUGUGGGAUUACCAGAUAGUUUUUGUUUUGUUACAGGAUCUGGUGGCUAGAAGCAAAAUGUUGAUGGUUGCUAGCAUGAGAACGAUGAAGGAGCUGUGUGUAGCCGUGAGGACGCAAACCGAACGGCUUGAAUUAACUAUAGCCACACAGAUGAGAUAGAUGGAAGGAGAAAUUUGUUUCUGUGCUGACCAAAAGGGUCCCCAGUCAGGCCCCUCCAGCACUGCUGAGUGCGGAUGUAACCCUGGUGGAGAAAAACGAAGAUUGGAGAAAGGUUGGGGCUUUCGGUGAAUUUUGAUUCUGGAGAUAGGAAAAACAUUUUACAAUGAUGACUAGACCAGUCUAUAGUGGAAAUUAAAAGCAAUUAAUUGCUACUACUUUUUUUGUUUUAAUUCCCACAAUGGAGAAAACGGUUCUAUAGAAAAAUCAGUGGCAGUUCCUAAAGGUUGAAACUUAGAGUUCUAGUAAGUAACCUAUGAAUUGCAAAUUAAUGUGACAAUUUGCUGUUUAGUCUAAAUAGCAAGACCUAAUGUAGAAAGGCAAGCUUUCUUCCUCUGUACUUCUAGAAAAUAAUUUGAGUAUCUCAAGAGCCUUAAAUAUAAGCUUUCAGUUUAAUGGUGAGAAGAAACUCAACUUACGGUGCAAUGUUCAAAAAAUGCAAAAUUUUAAUUGUGCCUGUCCUCUGUGCUCCUGUCCCCCCUCUCCUGUGUCCUUUGCCCCCAUCCCCCACCCCACCCCACGGCCACACCAUGCUGUGAAUGGCAGUCCUCUCCGUGCCGGACUCGGAAGGCAGGACAAGCUGCGGUGCUUUUUGAGCGUUGGUAGUUGUAUUUGGAAACAAGUAAGCAUACGCCAAUGAUGAUUUGUUUAGAGUCUAAUAAAUGUCAAUUUUUGCCUUGGA